CGACCAAAGGAUCGAAGGCUUGCCGUGAUUCCGGCGUGGAAGAUAUCUGUCUUCUCCGGUCAAGGCCAUAGAUCGGAAGCGGACUUUCCUCACUUUCCACCUGGGCAACCCAACUGAAGCUUGAGUAAUCGGUAAUCCCUCGACAGGAGCACACCGGAUGCUCAACCCCGGCCGAUCGGGAUUGUCAUGGGGUAUUAUGGCGUCGUCAGCAAAGGCUGUGAACGCUGUCGCCGGCGGAAGGUCAAGUGCGACCAGCGGAAGCCCGCAUGCUUGAAAUGCCAGAAAUCAAAGAUUCAAUGUCCAGGCUACCGGGACCUAGAUCAAGUCUUGUUUCGGAACGAGUCUGAACGAAUUAUUCGGAAAGCUCGCCAAUUGGACCAGCCACAACCGGCACUGGGCCAAGAGGUCAUUGCUACUUCCAGCCAUCCGCCAAAGAAUGGACUCGCUACUGCUUGCGAGGCCCCUCCAACUUCUCUCCCACUCGGAAUAUCAUACCCCCCUUCUCAGCCGGUUAAUAACCUGGGUGCCAGUUUCUUCUUUACUAAAUACACCUUUAAUGAAGUCCCCUUCUGUGGAGAUUACCAUGACUGGCUCACUCAAUCGUACUUCAACGAUGGGUCUGUCCUCCAAGCAGCCAUCGAGGCGGUUGGCAUGGCUGGAAUAUCCAACGUGUCCUACGCCCCCUAUGUCGCCUCCAAAGCUAAAGAGCAGUACUGUAAGGCUGUGACCGCUGUCAACCUAGCUUUGGGGGAUCCAGUCCAAGCGGCGGCGGAUUCGACGCUGAUGGCAGUUAUUUUACUGGGGCUAUUUGAGACUGUUAAUUUUGAGACGUCAGAUCGCUAUGAUUACUGGGCCGCCCAUGUCAAAGGAGCCACGGCCUUGCUCGCGCUACGAGGUCAGGAGCAGUUCACCCGGAAGCGUGGAGGCCUGCUUUACAUCCUGAUCCGCUCUCAAAUAAUUUCGGCCUGCACACAACAACACAUGCCCGUCCCUCAGGCCCUAGUCCAAGCAACCCGGGAUUUCCAAACCAGCAUCAUUCGCCAACAAUGGCAGCGCAGCAAUGUCGCAAGUCGCGGUUCCGUCUGUCAAAUAUCUUUCCGAAUAGUAAACCUCGGAGCAGUCUUUGCGAACGGCGAGAUCACCGAUCUCGACGUCAUACGCGACAUGGCAUUGGAAAUCGAUCGUGACCUUGAAGCCUGGCGAGAGGGUGCGCCCUCAGGUUGGGCGUAUGCUCGAAUAGAUGCCUCUGAAGCUGCUCCCGGUACCUUCUUUGACACACAUAUUCAUGUGUAUCCUAGUCUCUGGAUUGCAGAGGCUUGGAAUAACUGGCGAGCCCUCCGGAUAGUGGUGAACAAAAUCAUCCAUCAAUGCGAGGCCUGUUCAGAUGCGCCCCGCGAUGCUCGACAGUCCGCUCCCCUCUCCAUUAUCCAGGAGUUAUCUACCGACAUGUGUAUUUCCAUUUCUAGUUUUAUGGGCACUCCACGCGUCCUGUCCCUUAUCCGACCACUUUUUGUCGUGGCUCUGGAGGAGUUGAAUACACGCAGCAUUCGUGGCUUUGCCGUGGAGCAGUUGCGAAGUAUUGGCGAGUCGGUAGGAAUUCGGCAGGCUGGUCUGCUGGCUACAACCAUUUCGAAAACCCUUGACGAAUCGCCAAGAAAUUGUGUCCCCCUGCCCAAUCUGUUUACCAUUCCGUUGAUACCUUUCUUUUAAUUACAGAGAGAAACAUGCUAGAUUCAUCUGUAUUUUUCUUCUCAUUUCAGGAAGGGGUAAAUAUACGUGUUAUGUUAUUAUCCUUGGCCAAUACCGGGAACAACUUCAGCGCGGCGUAUUUUUCGCAUCGAAAAUUGGAAUGUGCCGUGUCACAUUCUGGGAUCUUCGGAAGACGCCCGGAACAGCUUCCAGACCGGCUGUUAGGAGCCCGGUCUGGACAACGGUCUCGGCCCUGCGGAUCUCGGGCCCGGAAGCUGCCGAAGGCCUCCCAUUUUCAUCUCUAGGAUCGAUAGGAAAUCAAGAGCUUUCAUC